AUGUCGUGGGAUUCACCACUCCGCUUCGGCGGUCCCCAAGCCACAGGCAGUGAAGUCGACGAGGAUGAGGAUGACUCUGUUGUUACUCCAGCUGAGGCUAGAAAGGUGGCGGAACGCGAGCGUAAGAAGGAAGAGGUGCGUAAGCGUCUCGAGGAGGCCAGCAGGGCCAAGAAAGCCAAGAAAGGCUUCUUGACACCUGAACGAAAGAAGAAACUCAGGAAACUUCUGAUGAUGAAAGCUGCAGAAGAUUUGAAACAACAGCAAAUGCUCAAGGAACAAGAACGACAGCGUGUGCUUCAGGAACGAAUUAUUCCGUUGCCGGAUCUCGAUGAAUGCGAUGAUCUGGAAGAGGUCUAUAAUCAAAUGCGCGAUCGCCUGAUUGCUUUGGAAAGUGAGAACUACGAUGUCUCUUACAUAGUACGACAGAAAGACUUCGAAAUCAACGAGCUUACUAUUGCCGUGAACGAUCUUCGUGGAAAAUUCGUGAAACCGACAUUGAAGAAGGUAUCAAAGACCGAGGGCAAAUUCGAUAAACUGAAGAAGAAAGAAGCUGCUAAGGUUGACUUCCGUUCCAAUCUGAAGCAGGUCGACAAAAACCAGUUCGCUAUGGAUGAGGUAAAAAAAUACUGGAAAUCAAAAUUAGUCAAAUAUCAAAGAGUUGUAAAGCUAAUUCCAAACAGCAAAUGUCGCUACCUCGACGGGUCCAAGCAGUGA